AUGGAAUCAAUCGCCAUACAAUGUUUGGAAACUAAAUUAGGUCAAAAAGUUUCUUCUUGCGGUCUAAUAAUUGAUCAAUCUAUUCCAUACUUUGCUGCUUCACCAGAUGGACUGAUUGGAGAUGACUGUCUGGUCGAAGUUAAAUGUCCUUAUUCUGCUAAAGAUUAUACAACCAUCGUUGAUGCUAUAAAUGACAAAAAAAUAAAAUUUCUUAAAAUUAAUAAAAAAUCUGAUGUACCAGAAUUAAAGAGAACUCAUGAUUAUUAUUAUCAAAUUCAAGGGCAAUUGCAUAUAAGCAAAAAAAUGUAUUGUUAUUUUGUUGUAUUUUCUGAAAAUUGGAUACACAUCGAAAAAAUUGUAUACAACGAUGAAUUUUGGCAAAACGAAAUGUGCACUAAGUUAACAAAGUUUUAUCUAGACUGUUCUAAAAGUUGUAUAAUUAUGUAUCUCCUUCAUGCAAUUUUAAUACCAACCAAUAAAAAGUCAUCCACUGACUCACAAGGGAAAAAAACCAUAGUCAAAUAUUCGAUCCAAGAUUCACAGAACAGUUUUAUGAUGAUAGCACCAACUGCAGUAGAGAUUGAAGAAAUGUUAAAGAGAAAAUAUAAUGUUGGCGAUAUUGAAUAUCCAAUUGAAUCUGUUAAUGUCUGGCUAUUGGUUCAAAAAUUCUUUUAUAACAUUGUAAAUAAAUAUGAUAAAUCUUGUCCACUGGUCAAUCAAAUUAUUAAUGAAAUUAAACUUUGA